CCUCCUCUUCCUCCUCCCUUCAGCCAUAUAAAAGUUUUCAGCUUGUUGAGUCUCCAGUUUUACGCACGCCAGGAUGGAAAGCCUCCUCGGUGCGCUCCCCGCUCUUCCUCCCGCUCACGCCGACCUCCUCCUCCUCCUCCUCUUCCUCCUCCUCAGCAGCAGCAGCAGCAGCGCGCAGCUCCCCGGCGGACCCGGUGUGAACGUCUAGAGGCGGCUCUUCGGUUCUGGACUGGCAGGAUGCCCCGGCGGGACGCGGCUCCGCUCCCUGUGAGGAACAUGUUGACGGGACGUCUGGAAGCGGGUUCGGGCUGACUCCAGAGCGCCACCAGAGCGCGGUUCCGUUUGCGUCCGGCUCCAGAGGACCUGUGUAGGAUGUGAUUCCCCCCCACUGGUUCCACUCACUCAGAAAAUGAUUAACUGUCUCCUCCGACUGGCUCUGCUCCUGGCUUGCGUCCUCUCCGCGCGCUGCGGCGCCGCGCCCGAAGCCGAGGCGGCGGCGGCGGCGCACCCGGAGUCCUGCGCGUCCUGCGCCGCGUCCGCGCGCCUGGAGGAGCCGGAGCCAGGACGCGUGGACGGGGACUUCCUGGAGGCGGUGAAGAGGCACAUCCUGAGCCGCCUGCAGCUGCGGCAGCGGCCCAACAUCACGCACCCGGUGCCCAGGGCGGCCAUGGUGACGGCGCUGCGCAAGCUGCACGCCGGCAAGCUGCGCGACGACGGCCGCGUGGAGAUCCCCAACCUGGACGGGCACCCGAUGAGCAACGAGGUGCUGGAGGAGAGCUCCGAGAUCAUCAGCUUUGCCGAGAAAGAUGACCUGGUCACCUCCAGGUCCAGCCUGUUCUUCCUGAUCUCCAACGAGGGCAACCAGAACCUGCGCGUGACCCAGGCCACCCUCUGGCUCUACUUCAAGCUGCUGCCGACCGGCGGCGAGCCGCGGGGCAAGCGCAGGGCGACGGUGAAGGUGUACUACCAGGAGCCGGGCCUGGGCAGCCGCUGGGACCUGGUGGAGAAGCGGGUGGAGCUGCGGCGCAGCGGCUGGCACACCUUCCCGCUGACGGACGCCGUGCGGCUGGCGUUCCAGAGGAGCGGCGCGCGGCGGCAGAACCUGGACGUGCGCUGCGAGGGCUGCGAGGCGGCGGGCGUGCUGCCGGCGCUGAUGAGCCCGGACGACGACGCCCACCGGCCCUUCCUGGUGGUGCGCGCCCGGCAGGCCGACACCAAGCACCGCAUCCGGAAGCGCGGGCUGGAGUGCGACGGCAGCAGCUCGCUGUGCUGCCGGCAGCAGUUCUACAUCGACUUCCGGCUCAUCGGCUGGAACGACUGGAUCAUCGCGCCGUCGGGCUACUUCGGGAACUACUGCGAGGGGAACUGCCCGGCCUACAUGGCGGGCGUCCCCGGCUCGGCCUCGUCCUUCCACACGGCGGUGGUGAACCAGUACCGCAUGCGGGGCAUGAGCCCCGGCUCCAUGAACUCCUGCUGCAUCCCCACCAAGCUCAGCACCAUGUCCAUGCUCUACUUCGACGACGAGUACAACAUCGUCAAGCGGGACGUGCCCAACAUGAUCGUGGACGAGUGCGGCUGCGCUUGACUCCCCCCUCCAGGACUCUGCAGAUGGACGCUUCCACGGCGGAUAUAAAACAGAAUAUUUAUGAACUCGUCCCACACAGAUCCACACACUCGCAUGUAUGCCUGCACAAAAAAAA